GGCUCGAGGCGGCGUUGGCGCGCCAGCAUUGCUCGGAACCAGCUUCCGCUUGCGGAAGUGAACGUCAAGACACAGUUCGCCCCGACGCUCGUCUGGCAGGUCAUGGCCGCGGCACAGCGAUAAAGGUGUGUCAAAGGAAAGAAAAAGACUCCAACGAAUGAUGAAGAAGGAUAUUCAUUUGAGUCUGACCGACACAGACAUGAAACCACACCUUCGCGACGUUGACGGCAUCCUUGGCUCCUCGGACUUGGGGCUCCUCAAACUGUCCUCGCCGGACCUGGAGCGGCUUAUCAUCCAGUCCAACGGGACGCCGACCAGCUCCCACUUCCUGUACCCGAAGCCCGUAACGGACGAACAGGAGUUCGCCGAGGGCUUCGUGAAGGCGUUGGAGGACCUGCACAAGCAGAACCAGGAGCCGACGAACGAGACUUUGGACCUGGGCGCCAGUAUCAACAUCGGCCCCGUUACGACGCAGCUGGAGCUUCCCGUGUAUACCAACCUGAACAGCUACGGCAGCGGGCCUUUGGGGACCACCGUCAACUACUCAACGGACACGGUGCCUUUCCCAGCCCCGCCUCACCAUUUGGGCGCAGCGCCGUCGGCGGAGCCCCCGGAGCUCUCCGGCCGAGUGCAGCCGCCCAAGGAGGAGCCUCAGACGGUGCCGGACGUGCAGAGCUUCGGGGAGAGCCCGCCGCUGUCUCCCGUCGACAUGGACUCGCAAGAGCGUAUCAAGGCCGACAGAAAGAGGCUCCGGAACCGGAUCGCUGCUUCCAAGUGUCGCAGGCGCAAGCUGGAGCGGAUCUCCAGGCUGGAGGACAAGGUGACGACGCUGAAGAACCAAAACACAGACUUGGCUUCUACGGCCAACGUCCUCAGAGAGCAAGUGGCUCAGCUCAAGGAGAAAGUCCUCAACCACGUCAACAGCGGCUGUCAGCUACUACCACGGGAGGUUCAGGUGCACUAGAGCAACCUUUCAAAUCUCACGACACACCGCCCAACAAAAAGCUCACUACAAGUAUUGAAACUGAACAAAUGAUAAUUGAUCAGAACUAUUAUUAUUAUGUCAUUUGAAUUCAAACAAAUUACUUGUACCUACUGCCAAUAUGGAUUUAAAAUGCUAACUUGGUACCUCCCAAGUGUUCAGGAAAAAAAAAAACAUGGCAGAGGUUCUAUUCCUAAAAAGUACACAUAUGUAAGCCACUGUAUACACUUUGAACAUUAAGACAAGCAACAACAGGUCGACAUGCAGCUAAAUUGUAGUACCUUCUCUUAUCUAGUGGAGUGAUUCUCAAAGUGUGUUACAAGUACCACUGAUGGUACGCAAGGUCUCUCUAGCGGUACCGAAAAUUCUUCCCAAGUACAGGUCAGUCAUAUUUAGCUUUUUAGUACAAUAAUUUGCAUUUCGUCUUUAAGAGCUGUUUUUUUUAAGCAUUUAUUUUGGUACAGUUAUAAUUUAACUUAUGUGCAAUACAUGUUAGUCUUCAUCAUUAAACUACAGUUUUCUUAGUUUCCUAUAUAAACAAAGUGUGAUGUUCAAAGUGCAUAAUGCUAAAGUGGUUUGCAAUAGGCUUUACACGAUCAGGAUUUUUGGGACCGAUCACCCAUCAGCGAGUUUAAAAAAACAAUUACCGAUCACCGAUCCGAUCACAAGAUGGAGCAAUGUGUCUAUUUAAAUGACUUGUUCAUUUACUGUAUAUACUUGUGUACUGUAUACUGAGUGUCUUCAAAAGUGUUCUCUAUUCAGGUCAUGUAUUCUAAUCAGUCAGAUCAAACCAACAUUACAACAUGAACGAAAUAAUGGGUGCUAACUUACUGUAAUUCAAUUACUUUGCACACACCGAAACUUUAGCGCAUAAUUCGACAUGACGGCGGCAUGUUUACGUACAACCGUUAGUGCUAGCACUAGCUUGCUAGGUUACAUAACUUUUGUGGCCUGCUUGCGAGCGGUAUCGUAUUAAAAGUCAGUGAACAUACCUCAUGAAAUCCUUGAAUGAAAGUCCUGUCCCGAGCACCGGUGACCACCAGCACACGUUUUUCCCAAUUUUUUUACUAUAAUACACACGACGCGAUCUAUUGUUGUUGUUGUUGUUGUUGUUGUCGUCGCCAUGGUAAUGAGUGUAUCCAGUCGCAUUUGAGUUGACAAGAUAAAGCCCAGUGAUCCUAAAGACGGGAUGCGGUGGUAUCAGAAUACAACAUUUUAUUGCAGAAGUCUGACACACAAAUCUGAAAUUUGUCUUUGUCUCAUCACGUGUUGUCUGUCCCACACCGCCGACAUGUUUAUUGGUUGUCAGAUAUUUACAGAACUACGCCAAAAGACAUGCAACAAGGCUAAAAAUAAACUAGCUUUUGGAUUCAAAUAUAGUGUACACGAUGGCAACCUGGAGUAAAUGUGUUUUGCGGAGCGAUUGGGUCUGCGAAUUAUGACAUUAAAGCCGAUCAGCAUAAAAUGAUAAUUAUCGGCCGAUACAGAUCAAGCCGAUCAGAUCGGUGUAAAGUCUACUUUGCAAUAAUCUUACAUGUAAAUUUAUAAAACUGCCUUGUUUUGAUGAGCACUUAGGCCAACUGCACUGCUGUAUUUUAAUGUUGGUCAUGAUGGUGGUGCUUGGAGAGCGAAGUUUAUUUUUUUCUGACAAUUUUUUUCCACCUUUUUUUCCUGAGUUAUCGGGACACAUCGUACUCACGCGAGAACCUGCAAACUGCAAGUGACUCCUUGCGGACUCCGUAGUAAGCAACAUGUCCGGCUUAUUUAGUUUGAUCAAGUUAUAUUUUUAUAUGGGUUUAAGACACUGGGAGAUACUCCUUUCGGAUUCACAAAGAUGGUAUUGUUAUUAGUCAUUGGAAAACAAAUUGUCAGAAAAACGGGGGAAUAAAUAGUCAUAAAACAGGGGGGGGGGGGAUUAGACAGCAAAACUGAGACAAAUAAUCAGAAAAACAAAAAAAUAUUCAAAAAAACAAAACCCUCAAAAAAAUUAGGUUUUUGUUUUUUUUCCAAGUGAAUGCAAUACGCUUCCGUAACUUUUGGACCAAUUAAGUGAAAUUGGAUAAUUCCCUUCCUCCGUGGCAGAGUAGUUGGGAAUCACUGCACAAGACAAGCCUGAAAAGCCACUUGCUCCAGAAACACUCAGCAGUGUACAGUGUGUGUUGUGCAAUGUUUUCACUGGACUUCAUGUAUCACAAGGCAGCUUUAUUAAUGAAUUUGUUUUUUUUUUUUUUAAAAAGGCACUUAUCAUAUAUGGUCAGACGUAAAACAAAAGGUGCUUUGGUGUGUUCUUUUCAAUAUAUAAGUUGUGUACUGUGCACUUGAGACAUUGGCUCUGAGGACAAUACAUCCAUUAACAUUUGCAGUAUUUACAGUCAAAUAUGUACUCUUCAUGAUCACAUUAGGUGCACCUGUACAAUACAUGGAAAAUACAUCAUCAGGCUGCGCAUGCAGCCACGCUCUGUUAUCAUUGUACUUACUACUACGUCAUACAAAUAUUUACUGUGAUUAUUACUCUUACUCCGUUAGCCUAUGACUUAAAUCCUGAUGAAGGACCCCCUGGGCAGGAACUUUAUUUUUGCAAAUAAUAUUACUCUAAAGGUAUUGAUUUAACAAUAAGUUUAUUAUCGUGAAUGUGGUGUACAGUGGUCUACAAAUGCACUGUAUCAUACUGAGAUUUAUUAAUUUGACCCUCCAUCCAGUAUGUUGCACUGCACACCAUUGUGUAUUGGAUCACAUUAUGUUGUCCAGGUGCACAUGUUGAAGUGUGUUUGUUUGCAUGUUGUUGACAAACUCGAAUGUAGCCAACAGCUGAGUGUCACAUUGUGCAAUUAAUUAGGUGUGUCUGGCAUGUCAUGCAGUCCUCAAGUUUUCUAUUUCAGCGCAGCGUUUGGGAUGACAUCCAGAGCCCACAGUU